CCGCUGUAGUACUAAACGAGACUCGUAAUUUAGAAUAGUAUUCAGAAAGUGGGUCGGGUUCAGUCUGUGAAAGUUCGCGUUCGAGUGCGGAUCCAGCGUGAGUGGUUUCGAGUGGAGGCGCUUGAUUGAUUUUGAGUCGCAAAAGCCAGGCAGAACGAAGGGGGAGCGAGUGAAAUUUUGACCUUUGCUGGGUGGAUCGAGACACGGUGAUAAGUGCACAAGGUGCCCAGCGCGCAAACUAGAGCUGUCAGUAGUCGAAGUCAUGUCGGAGAAGUCGAAUGGGGCGCCCACGCUAAUCACAACGAUCUCCAACAAGUAUCCAACCUUUCGGGAUGAACCGUUGAAAACGGUUUACCGCUGGUUGGAGGGCAAACGUCACGAUGACGGUGCCGAAGGUCUUUGGCGGAUACACGACACGUUGUACGACCUGACGGAGUUUGUCGAACGACAUCCGGGUGGCCCUGAGUGGAUUCGGCUAACAAAGGGAACUGACAUCACCGAAGCAUUUGAAACGCAUCACAUCACCAGCAGGGCGGAGAAUCUACUUCCCAAGUUUAAGGUUCGGGACGCCAAACAACCGCGAAACGUGAGACUCACGUUCAAGGAUGACGGUUUCUAUCGAACUCUGAAACGAAGGGUUCGCGAUAAGCUGCAGGAGAUCGAUAAAACGCCCAUCAGAACGUCUCAAGUGAUAAUCGAUUCGCUGCUGGCAGGGGCAUUCGUGUUUGCAUUUUUGGCCAUGAAGUUCAACAGCUAUCUGCUGGCCGCUCUCAGUGGAGUUUGCGUCAAUUGGACCAUGAUAUGUGCGCACAAUUACUUCCACCAAAAGGACAACUGGCGCAUGAAGCUAUUCAAUUUGGCGUUCUUCAGUUACAGAGAAUGGCGCGUGUCACAUGCCAUUUCGCAUCACCACUAUCCGAACUCGAUUCUCGAUCUAGAGAUAUCCUACUUUGAGCCGAUCCUGUGUUGGCUGCCAAACCCGAAAAUCAAGGGAACAUUCCAACGCUUUGGAUCCUGGAUCUAUGGACCGGUUGUCUAUUCGUUCAUAUUCAUCGGAGAGUUUGUGAAAAGAGUGAUCGAAUCCUUCCAAACGGGCAAGAGCAGCUUCUUUGCGGAUGACUUGAUUUCGUUUAUUUUGCCAACCUUCAUGUAUCUGUGCGACUCGAGCAGUCUGGGUAACGUACUGAAAAUGUGGAUCUUUAUCGUACUGGUAGCCAGCUUUGGGUUUGGUUUGAUCGGUUUGAAUGCAGCCCACCAUCAUCCGGAGGUCUUCCACUCGGGAGACGAGAUUCCAGACGAAAUCGACUUUGGCGUGUACCAGAUAGCAGCGGUGAUUGACCGGGCCGAUGUCAAGGGAUCGCACUUUGCAGUGUUGACCAGUUUCGGCGAUCAUUGCUUGCAUCACAUGUUCCCCACGUUGGAUCACGGAAUACUGCCGCAGCUGUAUCCGAUAUUCCAUCAAACGUGCAAUGAAUUCGAAACGGUAUACCGAGAGUGCUCGUGGUUACAUCACAUCGUUGGGCAGCACCGUCAGUUGGCGAGAAUCGAAACGAAUGUUUACGAUCCUGCCAAACAAUUCCAUAAGCCUGGAACUUAGUGCCAAAGAAAA